AUAAAUAAAUCCGAAUAAAAGUAAGAAACCGGGGCAACGUCCGGGCCACAAACGAGUUUUUCCGAUUAAUCACUGAUAAAUCAGCAACUCUUUCUACAUUCAUUUUCCAAAUUUGAUAAGUUGACUACUUUGAGAAAGGGAAGAACAAAGAGAUAAAUCGUUGCAAAUGAAAAUGGUGUAGGGUUGAAUCCAAUAAUCUUCGACUAGUUCAAUUUCUGCAAUGGCGUCCUACAACUGUUCGUUUCUGCUCAUAUGCUUCCUUGCACAGCUUUCCGUCUCUUUCUCAGGCAAGAUCAACUCAUUGAACUCGGUUCCUGAUCUUGAGAGGUCAAUGUAUAAAGUGAUUGAUGGAUUUCCUUGUGUGAGACUUCUGAAUCUUUCCGGGGAGAUUGGCUGUGCCAAUCCUGGACGGGAAAAAGUUGUUGCUCCUGUUGUGAGGUAUGGUGAUGCUGGCAUAAUAAAUCAGCUGUCUACCGUUCUUCUCUCUGUGGAUGAAGUUCAAAGCUUCUUCAACCGAGUAGCAACAGAUGCUGAUUUUGAAAGGAACAUUGGCGGUGUUUUAAUUGAGGCCGAAACCAAUAAAGAGAAGUUGAAAGGAUUUUCUCCAGAUGAAAAAUUUCCUCAAUCCAAAUUCUCCCCAUACGAGAAUCUCACAUAUGAAUGGAAUCCUAAUGGAUCAGGCAUCAUGUGGCACAGCUACAAUUUCCCUGUAUUUUUGCUGUCUGAGAACAAUACGUCUGUCUUGAAGGAGGUUGCUAGAAAAAAUGAAAAGAAUAAUAGGUCAUACAGUCAGGAUGUUGCUGAGUUUCAGCUUGUUAUGCAGACAACAAAGUCCGAUACUCGUGAUUCAGAUUCUUGUCUAAAAGCAAGCACAUGCCUCCCCUUAGGUGGGCACAGUGUUUGGUCGUCUCUUCCUCCCAUCAUUGAGUCAUCUUCAGAUAUAGCCAAGCCUACUAUACUGGCAAUGGCAACUAUGGAUUCCGCUUCUUUUUUCCGUGACAAAGGUCUUGGUGCAGAUUCACCUUUAUCUGGAUUGAUUGCUCUGCUGGCAGCUGCUGAUGCUCUUUCUCAUUCAGAUUAUUUGAAGAGCUUUAAGAAGCAGCUUGUUUUUCUGGUUCUUACCGGAGAAGCCUGGGGUUACCUUGGUAGCCGAAGAUUCUUACAUGAACUUGACUUGCAGUCAGAAGCUGUUGCAGGUCUAAACAGCACAUUGAUCGAAACGGUUCUGGAGAUUGGGUCGAUAGGAAAGGGAUUUGAUGGUGGGGUGAAGAAUUUUUUCGUCCAUUCACACAGUGGGACAAAGGUGGCAAAUGAGACAUUCAAUGCUUUGCAAAGUGCACAAGUUUCACUAAAAUCAGAUAACAUCAAGAUUUCCGCAGCAAAUAUUUUAAAUCCUGGAAUCCCUCCUUCUUCAUUGAUGUCAUUUCUGAACAAGAAUUCUCAAAUAUCCGGUGUCAUUUUAGAAGAUUUUGAUGCCAUGUUUGCAAAUGAAUUCUAUCAUAGUCACCUUGAUGAUAUUUCAAACAUCAACUCCAAAUCCAUUGUUGCUGCUGCUUCUCUUGUUGCCCGUUCUAUCUACAUACUUGCCACUGACCUGAAGAACUCCACUAACUUGGAUCUGGAUGCUAUCCGUGUUAAUGCCUCUUUGGUAGAAGAACUUUUGGGUUGUCUGUUAAAAUGUGAUCCUGGUUUGUCUUGUGGGCUGGUGAAAAAGUAUAUUUCGCCUACGGAUUCCUGCCCUAGCAGCUAUGUUGGAGUUAUUGUUACUGAUCCUUCAUCUACUCCACAACCUGGGUCUUCUAGCGAUAUAUCCAGAUUUGUUUGGAACUUUUUAGCCGAUAAGACAGCAACAAAGAUGGAGAAUACUAGUUUGAACUGUCAAAAAGGUUGUAGCAGUCAAGGUGAAUUGUGUAUAAAAGCAGAGACUGAUAAAAAGGGUGUCUGUGUUAGAUCCACUACCAGAUACGUCCCUGCAUUUUCAACCCGUCUUCAGUACAAGUCUGAGACUGGAUCCUGGAAAUUACUGUCUCCAAAUUCAUCAGACCCUAUGAGCAUGGCGGACCCUGUUUGGACCGAGAGCAAUUGGGAUGUCAUUGGACUUCGAGUAUAUACCCUUCAAGAUACAGCUUAUGACCGUCUUAUCCUGCUGGUAGGUCUAGGUAUUACUGGCUUCUCUUAUCUUGCCAUAGAAAUUUUCAAAGCAAUCGUGACUAAAACUUUGAAGAGAGAUUAGGUUAAAGGUGGAGAAAUAUGGUUAUAAACUAGUUCAAACUAAAAUGAAGUACAGAUUCAUAGAUUCAAGCUGCUCCAACAGGAACUUGGCAUUUCUUAAGAUGUCCUAACUAUACAUAGGUAGUGGAUAUGUUGUGAUAUCUGAACUUAAAACAGUUGUUUUACUGCAAUCAAAUCUUUGUACUGAAUAUAAUUGUAUUUGUAUACUUUUACUGCAAUAUAUUGAGACAGCAAGCCUGCAUCAAUAUC